AUGUAUGAAAAUCCUAAACAAGCUGAAGUACAAAGCCAGGACAACUCGGAUGCAGUUCACACCUCAGCAGGGGUUCGGGAAAAAGAUCUAGCUGCACACAUUAAGCAACAGUGGAAAGAAAACGGUAAUGUGAAAGCAAGCACCACCAGAGUCAGGCCUACUCAGAAGAUUGACCCUGCUACUCUUUGUAAAGAGUACGAUGGAUUUAAGCCGCUUCUGGUCGAACAAGGCCCGGUGCUCAUGCCACCAAUUCCACCGCGUCUCCCAUCAUCCAAAGAUCAAUCCGACUUCCACGAUAAAAAGACAUUAGACUCUAUUUUGAAAGCGAAAGAACAAUAUGAACAGGCAUACGAAAGAUUCCGAGGCGAGAUCUCAGCCAUUUGUUCUGUGAAAGAUAACUUCAACCUUACUAUUGCUCGAAUUCUAGCAGAAGUUCCCCAGAGCGAUCUGAACUACGAAAUUUCCUUGAUAGACUUUCAGGACCUAAGAAGCAACAAUGCAGCAUAG